CAGGCAUUAACAAGCAAAAGAAAAACAACAAGUUACGGAAAAACCAAAUCAUGUCAAAAUAAGGAAUCCACAAACAGAUCUGGGGGAAAUAAUUGCGAGGAGAGGCCCGUGCAUUCACAUCCAUCCGUGUGUGCUCUUGCUUUGGGCAGAGGUUUAGAAAACGCAUGGACAGCAGUAGAAAAGUUAUCUUUGUGAACAGGUUGGGAAACUUUUGGCCAAAAGGAAAAAAAAAAAAAAACCUUGGGCUUUUCCUCGUUGCACGGAUGUGGUUUCGGGAUCCGACAACAUGUAAGUUCUGAUAACACAGGCGAACUCGCCUACUUUCUAUGUGAACACCAGUUUAACCUGCUUUAACUUUGGCAACUUUUAUUUUCUUUGAGUUUUUGUUUUGGUUUUCACGGAGGGAGUUGGAACACGGCGCGUGAAGGUGCAGGGAUUUACAAACAUCCGUGGACUUAAAAAUGUGUGCUUGUGAUCUCUAACAGAAACAAAAAAGGGCAUGAACAAUGGCUGGAAGAGAGAGGAACAAAACGCCUGUGUACCGCAGCGUCUCUUUCAAAAAGUUGGGCUCCUGGAGCGCCAACACUAGUGACGACCAGCCACACAAAUCAGAGGAUUUGGAGGCAGCUGGCGUCGUCGCCCUUCCCCCGGAGCACAGCAAAGCAGAACAGUCUUUGGCGGCGCAUACUGUCAGUGUGUCAAGAAAAGUUUCCAAAAUCUCUGCCACCGCCGCCGCCGCCGCCAGCCUCCCAACCGCAGAGUCAAAGAGCGGCGGUGUCUCCACUCCUCUCUCCUCCAUUUCUCCAUCCAUCCGCCAGCUUACAGAGAAGUUCAGCAGCAGCAGCAGCAGCAUAAGUGGCUCCGCCAGAACGCACGGAGCGUCACCGGGAGACUUUGCAGCAGUGACGCGGGAGUUCAACACUCUUCCCCGGGCCAGGAGCUCCAGGCGAGACGGCUCACUGUCUCGUAAAUCUUUUCACGAGGACAGCAGUGGUGCAUAUUUACAGGACAGUGAUACAGCAGCAGCAGCAGCAGCAACAAAGACACCACCAGAGUCUCUCACCGGCAACAGAGUGCAAAAGUUUUACUCCAGCACCGACUCUGUGUCAGGAUCAGACUCGGAAAAGAAAAACGACAAAAGGAUUGUUGUACGUGUAUCAACCAACAGCAGCAGGAGCAGCAGCAGGAGCAGGAGCCCUGGUAAGAGAGAUUAUAAACAUAUCGAUGUACGUCCCCCUGAUGCCAGAAAACCUUUGAUCACAGAUGUGGAAGAGGAUGUUGGCAGCAGAGGGGUUCUUCCACCCUCUAAGUCUCACAGAAGUUAUCUUCACAGUGACUUUAUUCCCCUGCAUUCUGACAAGUGGCCCAGUGUCACCAAGAUUAGAAAACUUUUUGAUGAGAGACAAAGCAGAGCUGCACAGGAACACAAGGCGGACACUUGUGAGAAUUUAAAAGCAAUACAAGAGCUCGGCCCCAGUGAGAGUGUUCCCUAUUUGGAUAGAGGUGACAAACUCUCUCAUUGUAGCCCUGCUAAUGACGCAGGGAACGUUUCUUUCCAUAACAGAUGCCAAGCAGAAACACAGAGCAGGGAAAGCACAACUAAGGAGACAUGUUGUUGUAUGGACUUGAAUUCCAAAGCUGGCCAACAGCAAUACUCGGUUGAUGAUGAGGUACUCAUAGAGACACAAAGUUCUCAUAACAACAAAGUUUCUGGUAGAAAGACUUUUCCCGGCAGCAAAAGUAGCUGUCAUAGUUGCACUAGGGGUUGUCACCAGAGUAGAUCUUAUAGUCCCAGCACUGAGACAGAGGCAGGCUGUAAGACCCCCGGGACGCCAGGGUUGACAUCUGACUCCAACCCUGACCUUCAACCCCCUGCUACUUCGUCUUGGAGUAGAUCAUUGAGCACAGACCACUCCUGCCGCUCCUCCUCUCCUCAGCAGCCGACAGUGAGGGAGAGAAGGGAUAGACAGGGGGCCGGGCUGCCCAGGGAUAGUUUACAUUCCUCACAUAGCUCCUCUAGAGCACCAGUCCCCACCUCCUCCUCCCCCUCCCCUGCUCAAGCUCCAGAUAAAGCCAUUACCUCCUCCUGUACUGUAUCUCUCCCCGCUGAGCUAAGAGCCCCACCAAGAGUCGCCUCUCCUCUCAGCUCCCACUGGAGAUUUAGUUCUGGAGACGAAGAGGAGGAACACAAUAGGAGAAGAAAAGGAGGUGGUUCGAGUGGUCCCUCUGGCUCUGCACUACCUCUCUCUUACAGAGGAGAAAAGUGUGUCACAGAGCGAUGUGGCAGCUAUUUAUCCCACAACAAAAAUGGCUGGUGGGGUGCUAAGGGCAUUGGCAGGUCUUCUGGCAGUGAGGAGGACAGCCCUGGUUCUUUAGGCCCCCACAGUAGAGAGGCGGUGCGACGACGCUCGCUGAGAAAGAAGAAGAAGGUCAUUGGAGCUGUUCAGGCAACAGGCCGUGAUGAUUAUGGUGAUCAUGAUGGCGAAUCAGAAGACAGCGACAGUGACAUGGCCUUGACAAUGGAGCACUUAGAGAGGCCUCACCCGCCAAACACAGGAGGAGAAUUUGCAUGCGCAUUAUCUCGGAGCCAUUCAGCAAGAGAGCCUAUUGGUCGAAGUAACAGAGCCAGGGUGCAGCAAUGGGAGCGCAUCUCCUCAUCUGCGACAUCCACGGCCCUGCCUGGUGUAUCACGAGUAUCAAAAGUCAACAUCCCUCCAUUUGUGUGCAGUCCUGGUGGUUCACGUUGCAGCAGCCGGUACUCCAGCACUGAAACACUGAAGGAGGAGAGCCAUGGACGCUGCACUAACCAUGACACAAAUGUGAUUAAUACAAGUGAAGUAGGAGGCAGCACAAGCAGACCUGCAUCAUUGUCCAUGCUUAGUAAAACUUACCAUGGAAAUUUCACCAUGUACCGUUCCCCAAGCUUUGGUCAUGGAGAUAACUUCUCCCGCACCCCUGCACGAGUGCACUCCAAACUUGUCCCCGUGGUAACGCCCUCGUCUAGUGUAGUUCCCACAGAAUGUGCUUUGUCAUCAGGGGUAAGUGAUAGUGAAACCAAGGCAGUAAAGAAGACAACAGGUGAUGGGGUAGAUGAUAAUAAAAACCGAAUAUCCAUGUCCAACCCUGAUAUCACCUCAGAAACCAUGACACUCUUAAGCUUCUUAAAGUCUGACCUUUCUGAGCUCAAGGUCAGGAAACCAAGUGCAGGGGACAGAUCUGGGGUUGUGGAGCGAUCAUCUGUAUUUAGGAUAGGCUCACGCUCUCAUGGUGGGACCCUUCUUUCUUCUGGUCAUCGUCCAACACUGAAAGACCUGACUGCCACCCUACGGCGUGCAAAAUCCUUCACAUAUUCAGACAAACCCACCACAGCUGAGAGACGUUACUUGAUAGGUGACGCUACAAAGAGAAGCUCCUCUGAGCAGCAGCUAGAUAUGGAUGUUGAGAGGGACGGAGGCAGGGUGUUGGUGUCAGACAGGGAAGUAGAAAGUGAUGGGGGGGAUUUUGGGAGUGGUAGAAGACAAAGAAUGAGAGAUUAUGGAUUUGAUGUUGAUGAUGAUGAAGUGAUGCCGACUCCAUUGCAGGAGAAGUAUGCGCAGGAAGCCAGGCAGGUUAUCCGAGAUAUUUGUCAGAUGAGUACAAGGGAAGAAGAUGAUGAUGUAUUUGAAAGGAGAACUAAUAAUAGUUUGGAGGAUGAAUUUUUCCAGGUCCAGAAAACAAGUGAGGUGAAGGAAAAAGCAGAAUGGAAGGUUCACAAUCAGACAAGGACAGAUGAGACCGAGUUGAAACACACAAAAGACAGUGAUAAAUAUGAGAGGGAGAGGGAGAACUGGGAGAGGGGUGAAAGGGGUGGAAAGAGUAUACAGUUCGAGAAGCUAAACAGCAGAGGCACAGAGAACAGGGAGAAGGCAAACAGACAGAGCAGAGAGACAGGAGCUUUGCUGAAGGGCGACUCAGAGGAAAGCAUGUUUUGCGACCGCUCUCUGGACGAACUUUCAGGUCAUGAAUCGAGUUUAACAGAUGAAGGGAUUGUGACAGAGCCAGAGGUAGGUCCAGGUGACCCCUCUGAGAGGUCAUUACUUGGGUCAGUAGGGAUUAAUCUGGGGUCCCGAAUGUCUAGGGACGUGCUAGGGCAGCCAGUCACCAUAUGGAAGCAGUCGGCUCUCCAUGAGGUGGAAGGAUUUAAACAGAAGGCAGAAGAAACAUCAGGAAACAGUGUGUCUCCCUCCUUGCCUCUUUCUGCACAUUUGGCUGAGAGUGACCACAUCAUCAUGGACAUGGACUCUACUGCUAGUGUCAGCAAUGUCAACUCUACCAGUGAGGAGAUUAACAAUGCAAUGUUGCAGGGGUCAGCAGCCACCCUAGGAGGAAGAGGAGGACUUGAAACCCCUGCAACCCCAAGUGCUGUUCGUCGAAGGCGCAAGUUCUCCCCCUCUGGUAAUAAUAACACAGGCUCCGACUGCAGUAAUGGCAGUAAUGCAGAGUCAACAAUGCUAGCUGUUGGAAAUGGGGAGUCCACAGUCUACCGUUCUCUCAGUGACCCCAUGCCUCAGCGGUGUUGUUCUGUAGCAGAAGAAGGCAAUAACACAUUUUCCUCUGUAGACAGCAACCUUUUAGGAUCCCUGUCUGUCAAAGGAGGAGGUGGAGGUCUGUCAGAGGUCUCUGAUGUGGCCAUGGUGUCAGAAUACAAGGGCAGUGUGGCCAGUGACUUGUCAGUUUAUAGUGAUAGCGGACUCCGGGAUGAUGGCGUUCGUGACUACAGUGGAGUAAUUAGGAGCAUUGUAGCUGAACCAGGUGCAAUGGACAGAUUAAUGGCAGAUGACCAUGGCAAUGGGAAAGCUCCUAAAAAGAAGUCACUCAGUGACCCUAGUCGUCGGAGUGAUGCCAAUUUACUUUCCCACAGUGACCCUCAGUUUAAAGGACAGUGCAGCAGUGCUCAACCAAUCAGUGAGCUCGACCCACCUGGCCAGAUCCCUCCUUCUAGUAGUGAGCCAAUCCUGAGUGAGCAGAGAGGGCAGCUGUGGGAGCCAGAAGCUAAACCUGAACAUGUAUCGCCAACAGAGCAGCAUCACCAUGCAGUCAAGAAGGCUCGAUCUCAGUCAGAGAGCCUCCCCCUCUCUGAUCACCAUGAUGAUGAAGAUGAUUAUGUUGUACUCCAAGGAGAGGAGAAGGAUGAUGAGGUGAGGAAGUUUAACUUUGACCUCCAUCUUGCCGAGGCUCUGUCUCCAAGAAUGAUUCGCCGGCCCUUCAGGAAGCGUCCUAACAGACUGGCUCACUUUUUCCCUCAUGAGGACCCAUUCGAGCCUUCAGAGCAGAGUUUAGAGGGGCAGGAGUAUCAAACUGACCUCACUCCUCCCCUUCCCCAGCUGCGGUCUAAAUCCAAAACCAGACCCAAACAUGUCCGCAACACCAGCGAACCUGCAACUUUUAUCCCCAUCUCCCCACCUCCACAACUCCAGUCAAUUACUGCAGAGCCUGCAACCUUAAGUAAGCCUUCAGGAGAUGAGGCUCCAUCUUUGGAAAAUGUAACUCAGAAGUACAUUCUUGAACUAAGCACCACUGAGAGAGACACUGAAGGCCCAGGGCCUCUUCCACUGCCGAGAGAUGGAGCUGAAAUUUUGGUGUCGGCUUCAGAGGGGCCUAGUGAGACCAGCGCACAGGAAAUUACUGAAGCCGGGGCACAGAAGAAAGGCACAGAGGACACUGCAUCUAUACCUGCGCCGCAGAGACCCAAGCCCAGAGUGGACAUGAGGAAACAUGUCAUGAUGACCCUCCUGGACACAGAGCAGUCGUAUGUGGAGUCGCUACGCACUCUCAUUCAGGGCUACAUGCGUCCCCUCAAACAGCCAGACAGCGGCUCCAUAGUUGACCCUCUCCUGGUGGACGAGAUGUUUUAUCAGAUCCCGGAGAUCCUGGAGCACCACGAGCAUUUCCUGGAGCAGGUCGCCAGCUGCGUCAGCCAGUGGCACGACAGGCAGACUGUUGGACACCUUCUCUUCCAAUCAUUCUCCAGAGAGACUGUAGCUAAUAUGUAUUCAGCCUACAUAGACAACUUUCUCAAUGCCAAAGACGCAGUGAGGAUCGCCAAAGAGGCCAAGCCAGCGUUUCACAAGUUUCUGGAGCACAACAUGCGUGAGAACAAGGAGAAGCAGGCUCUGGGUGAUCUGAUGAUUAAGCCGGUGCAAAGGAUUCCUCGCUACGAGCUGCUGGUGAAGGACCUGCUGAAGCACACUGCAGAGGACCACCCCGACCACCAGUUUCUUCUGGACGCCCAGAGGGACAUCAAGCGCUUGGCCGAGAAGAUCAACAAGGGACGUCGCUCCGCUGAGGAGGCAGAGAGAGAGACGCGGGUCAUUCAGGAGAUCGAGGCGCACAUAGAGGGAGUUGAACAUAUUCUGAACCCACAGAGGAAGUUCUUGAGACAGGAAAUGGUCAUGGAGGCGAAGACAGUGGGUGGGAAGAAAGACCGUUCCCUGUUCCUCUUCAGUGAUCUGAUCAUCUGCACCACCCUGAAGAGGAAGUCUGGCUCAUUAAGACGCAGCUCCAUGAGCCUAUACUCUGCUGCGAGUGUGAUCGACACGUCUAGUAAAUACAAGUUCCUGUGGAAACUUCCUCUGGAGGACGUGGAAGUGGUGAAAAGCUCCACGCAGGCGACAAACAAGGAGAACAUCCAGAAGAUGAUCAGUCGAUUGGAUGAGGAUCUCAGCACGGUGGGUCAGAUCAGCAAACUGUCCGAGACCCUCAGCUUCCCACACCAGUCCCUUGACGAGGCCAUAAAGGACCUGAUGGCGUCCGUGCACAGGGAGCUCUCGGAGAAACAGUCUGUGGCCUUCAGUAUGACUUUCCUGCCCACAAAGCUGGAGUUUAUGACAGCUUCUGCUGAGAGCACCUUUGUCUUUGAGUUUAACUCUCCUGACACGCGCUCCAACUUCGAACAGGCUUUUGAGGACGCCAAGAAGAAGUUAGCAAUGAAUAAGGACCAGUGGGACCCGGAGUUUCUGAAGGCGAUUCCUAUAAUGAAGACACGGAGUGGAAUGCAGUUUUCCUGUGCCUCUCCCAGCCACAGCUGUCCGGACAGCGGAUGUGAAGUGUGGGUGUGUAACAGUGAUGGCUACGUAGGACAGGUGUGUCUGUUGAAUAUCAAAGAUGAGCCCACAGUGGAGGCCUGCAUCGCCGUUUGCUCGGCGAGGAUCAUUUGCAUUGCUGCUGUACCGGGGCUCAAGGGAAGAGAGCGUGGAUCAGAGCCCACUGUCGUCUCUCCCUCCAGAGCACCUGGUCAGCAGCUCCACAUAUCUAUCUCUCAUUCUUCUCUGGAGAUGACGGAGCAACCUACUGGACCGGGAGCAGAGCUUGUUCCCUUUGACAGCGAUGACACGGAUGACGAGGAUUCACCCAGUCCUUCUUCCACUCUGCAGAGUCAGGCCAGUCAUUCCACCAUCUCGUCAAGCUACGGCAAUGAUGAGGGUCCAGGCUCCAAAGACAUGGCUACAGAAACCACCAGCAGUGAAGAGGAGCAGGAGCACAUCCCCUACGUAGCGCCGGGGAUGUUAGGGGUCGGCGGAGGAAGCCGUGGCCAGGCGGAGAGCCCCAUGGACGGUCGCGCCAUGCGCCGAUCUUCCCGGGGCUCCUUCACCAGGGCGAGCCUGGAGGAUCUGCUCAGCAUUGACCCUGAGGCCUAUCAGAGCUCAGUGUGGCUGGGCACAGAGGACGGAUGCAUCCACGUGUACCAGUCCUCGGACAACAUCCGCAAUCGUAAAAACAGCAUGAAAAUGCAACACUCGGCUUCCAUCCUCUGUAUACUGUAUUUGGACAACAAAGUAUUUGUGUCAUUAGCUAAUGGAGAGGUGAUCGUCUAUCAGAGAGAGGCAGGUAGUUUCUGGGACGCUCAGUCUUCUCAGACAUUAGUUUUGGGCACGUCCACUAAUCCUGUCACCAAAAUGGUUCCUGUGGGAGGGAAGCUUUGGUGUGGCUCACAGAAUAGAGUGCUCAUCAUCAACACCACGACCCUGGUACAAGAGCACUGGUUCCAGGUUGGCACUGACAGCAAUCGGUGUGUGACGUGUAUGGUGGCGUAUGGUCAGGGCGUGUGGCUGGCACUGCAGGGCAGCGCGCAUGUCAAACUGUACCACGCUCAGACCUGGGAGAGCCUGACCGAAGUGGACGUGGCACCUGCUGUGCACAAGAUGCUCGCAGGUGCUGAUGCGAUCAUCCGACAGCACAAAGCCGCCUGUCUGAGAAUCACAGCGUUGCUGGCCUGCAAGGAUCUGCUGUGGAUUGGCACAAGUGCAGGCGUAGUCCUUACACUGGCGAUCCCAGCGGUGAGCUCAGGAAUUGGGGCAGGGUCUCUGAAAACUCCCCUGGUGCCGAUGGGCUCGGCUCACGGACACACGGGCCAUGUUCGCUUUCUGACAUCGAUUGAAUUACCAGAAGGCAACCAGACCCAGAGUGCAAGCACAAUCGAUGGGAACCUCCAAAGGCGUGACUCGGCGCAUCGCAGGGCCUCUGCCCUCAUCCCUUCAAAAACAAACCUUCUAGUCAUUUCUGGUGGCGAUGGCUACGAGGACUUCAGACUGACCAACAGCAGUGAGACAGUUGGACGGGAUGACAGCACCAACCACCUUUUGCUUUGGAGGGUGUGAGACAGUCAUACCCAGUUCCCUGCCUCUCGCUGAAGAUGGCGCACAAGCUCCUGUCCUCUCCUCUCCCUGUGAUUGUUGAUGUGUUGGUCUUCUGCUCGGUCCACCAGUCUCUAUGUGCAUAAUGUGACUCUCCUCUUUGACUGACAAGUGAAUAUGGUCACCUCAGACUCCCGUUUUCUCGUGUCAUUUCCCGUGUCAUGUUUCCGAUGGUGUGCGUUGGUCCUCUGUGUGUGUGUGUGUGUGCGUAUUUCCGACGGCUGUGAGUAUCGUACAGAGAGACACGGAGGAGACGGAGGAGAGGAAAAAUUUCCAUGAGUGUCAUCUUCAAAUAUUCACAGAUGAUCACAUGAGGACAGGAAGAAUAAGAGGUGACAGUGAGGACUCUGCAGAAUGCCAUUCCACAGGAAUACGUCUCAAUAAAUGCAGACAUGAGUGAA